UGGAUUUCAGGAUGAUGCUGUUACGAACUUUGAAUAUUACGUUACCGUCCUUGGGAUGACGUCUGGAACUGUUAGUAUCAAAGAGCUGACUAUCCCACAGCUUCAAGAUCUUGUACGGCAAUUUGAGCAGAAAAUUCAGUUUAUAUCUGCUUCUAUACAACAGCUCAAGUCUCUCCAGGCUCAGUUCGUUGCCUCCAAAAAUUGUCUGGGUGAGCUUACCACAGAAAAAGAAAAUAAAGAUAUUCUUGUCCCUUUAACUUCAACCUUGUGUGUUCCUGGGAAACUUGCUGAUCCUUCACAUGUGCUUGUGGAUAUUGGUACUGGUUACUAUGUUGAAAUGACCGUUCCAGAAGCUGAAAGUCACUUUUCCCGUCGGGUAGAAUUUAUCAAUAAACAAAUAAGGAAGAUUUUGCCUGUUCUGGAGGAAAAAACGCAGGCACAUAAAUCUAUUUCAGACGUUCUGGAUGCUAAAAUUCAAGAGUUUAUCAAAGUCCGGUCAGCAGCGUGUUCUUGAAUAGUUGACGUAUGCUUUCAGGUUCCUUUUUUAAGGAUCCAUUCGCUUUACUGGUUUCUUGUAUUUACAAUUAACAUUCAUGCCUGAUUGUGUAUUUUAUUAUUGAAAACUCAGAAUGUGUUUUUUGUCCAGGACAUUGUGUCUCCCAACAAUGUCAAUAUGUGGAAAACUAAAAAUCUUGUAAAUACAUGUUCUGGUGUUCUUCCUAA